CUGAAGCUUUGCGGAUCUUUUUCCUAGUGGUAUGAGAUGUCCCUCCUCCUCGCCGUAGUGACGGUUCAGAAACUCUGUGGUGACGCGUUGUUUUAUGUUUCACAUGGAAAAUGGCGGCUUGCAGCCCAAAUCGCGCUCCGGAUAGGGUAGAGGUAGGACAACUUACCGAAGCCGAACGGGAGAAUGAUCCCUGGGCAGCACUCGGGCCAGUCGUGAAGAGGGAUCCGGUGAUAAAGCUACUGAGUCCGGUCAGCGGCCUGGAGCCGCUCACGUGGUCUGAGGACCACCGAAUCUCGGCCUCUAGCACAAGUGGUAUUUCUUUGAUGGAGGUAGUGUGCGAUGUUCACGGCAAUAAGCAAGACUUGGUGUUGCACCGGACCUCCAUUCCCGUGCCGGACCAAGUCUGUGAACUGAAGGUAGGUCCAGCAGAAGAGCUGUUGAGGGCCAAAGACAAGUUCUCCAGCUCCAGUGACCCUGCGAUGAGCCAGUCCUUCAUGCUGGACAGAGUGCUCAACCCCACCGUGGGCGUCCACAAGGGCAUCCUGUACACCAGCUGGUCCCCCCUGGGCUGUGACGCCAAUGGCCGGUGCCUCCUAGCCUCCCUCACCCUGGACCACCGGCUGACCAUCCACAGCAGCACCAAGCGUCUACAGUGGACUGUUGUGGCUGACCUGACCCAGCUGUACGGAGAGAGCCUGGAGAGCAGAGGCUACUCCGUGCCGGGUGGGCAGCCCUCCAAGGCUAACCUCCUGGACCUGGCUGAGCUUCAGAGGCGCUACCGCAUGCAGACCCCUGUACGGAUGGAGUGGUCCAGUGUGUGCACCACGCAGCACGUCCAGACCAACAACGAGUGUAAAGAUGUGGGAACGGUGCUGCUGGCCGUGCUGAUGGAGAACGGAGACCUGGUGGUGUGGCAGUUUUGCCUGCCCAUUCUGGGGAAGGACUCUGUGUUGUCCUGUAACACCAUCCAGUCUGGGGUGUUGUCCCCUAGCGUGCUGGCUUGGUGGGAGUACGAGCACAGCGGGCGCAAGAUGAGCGGCCUGAUCGUGGGCAGCAAGUUAGGGCCCGUCAAGAUCCUACCCGUCAACUUGAAGGCGGUGAAGGGCUACUUCACCCUGCGCCAGCCAGUGGUCCUCUGGCAGGAGUCAGACCAGAUCCCUGUACACAACAUCAAGUGUAUCUCCCUGUUCCACCCCAAACAGAACUGUAACUGUAGCCUGGUGGUGGCGGCCAGGGGCUCCUACCUCUUCUGGUGCCUGCUGCUCAUCUCCAAGGCGGGCCUCAACGUGCACAACUCACACGUCACGGGCCUGCACUCCACCCCCAUCGUCUCCAUGACAGCCAGCCGCCAGGGCAGCUCCAUCUACACCUGUUCCAUGGACGGGACUGUCAAGAAGCUCACGCCCAUCUUUACCGAUAUGGCCGUGGCCUUUAAGCAGGAGGAGAUCGUGCUGCCAGAGGGUUUGGCAGGUCGGAGGAUACACGGCAUCGCGGUCAGCCCCCACGGGGCGUACCUGGCCCUGGUCAGUACUGAGGGGAUGACAAACGGUCAGCACCCGGUCUCUAGGCCCUACCAGGUCCAGUUUGUGACCCUGAAAACACCCAAUGACGCGGCGGCAGAGUUGCUGGAGUCCCCGGUCCAGAGCCUGUUCAAACAGACUGACCUGCUGGACCUGGUGCGCUGGAGGGUGCUGAGGGACAAACGCAUCCCGGCCCUGCUGCAGGAGGAGUUGGACGACAAGGUACACAACACAGGCUCCCCCUACUUGUGGAGGUUAAAACUCUUCCUGGUGCGCGUGCUCUAUCAGUCCCUGCAGAAGGCCCCUGUGGAGGCACGUUGGCGCCCCACACACGAGGAUUCCAAGGUGUUUGUGAAGGAUGAGGAGGGGGGCGUCGUGGGAGAGGGUGGAGGAGGGGAAGAGGAGGUGGUGUCGAAGCUGCAGGACCCAGAGGCCCGGGCGUUGGAGGAGCAGACGGGGGAGGUGAUAGCUUGGAUCGAGGCGGUGGAGGCCCACCUGACCAGGGAGCACAUGAAGAGGGUUCUGGGGGAGGUGUACCUUCACACCUGGAUCACUGAGAACACCAGCAUCCCCACGCGUGGUGUCUGUGAUUUCCUCACCAGCGACCCCACGUAUGAGGACAGGGCUGCCCAGGUCCUGAUAGGUCACAUCCAGAAGAAGAUGAACAAGCAGACAUUCCCUGAGUACUGUAGUCUGUGUAAGGAGGUGCUGCCUUUCACAGACCGCAAGCAGGCUGUCUGCUCCAACGGACAUAUGUGGCUCAGGUGUGUGUUGUCCUACCAGGCGUGCCAGACACUCGCGUACAGACGCUGCCUGCUGCAGGAUAGCAUCGCCAGACUGCCAGUGCCUGAGGGGCAGGUAUUAACUGGCAGCUCACUCUCAUCCUGCUCUCUGAUCAGCAUAUCUUCUUAUUCAGCGUUGACACAAUAUAAGAAAGUACUUGAGAAUACCCAGACUGGAUCAAGAGGAUACUGCAGGGUCCUUGUACAUUCUGCGACUCCCCCCUCCUCUAGGACUAUAGGACAGGCUUGUGGAGAGCCGGGGUUACAUUGCCUGCAACACUUGUGCGCCUGCUUGGACUAGAUGGACAAUUUUCUUUAUUUUUACUUGUUACUUAUUGCCAAGCAUUAUUUAUAUGUUUAAAUGAAUUAUACCACAACCUUUUAAUUCAAAAAAAUAAAGGUUUUGAAUAUACAUUUGAAACUCCACUGAUAUGAAUAUGGUUUAUUAAGAGAGAAAGUUGAGUGUGUGGAGAUGGAUCUAACCUUUUCUCUGAGUUCACAGACCCAUAAGUUGACCUCCUUAUUUUCCUCAUUUUUUACUACAUUUCCAAACACGUGUGUUCUGUUAGGCAAAAACAGGGGGGCGCGGCCUUGGUGUGUCAGCCUUAUUUUAGGUCUACUUCUGCCAUUAGAGAGCAACACAUACAUAUCCUCACUGACUGAGGGGAAACAAUCUAAAUGUAUGUUAUUUUAAUUGGCAGUGUAAAGCAAUUUCCAUGCUGCAUGUGGGAGAAAAAAAUGACUCUUAGAUGAGGACUUCCGAUAUUGUAGACGGAGAGAAAGAGAGAGGAGUGUGAGGUAGGAAGAAGAGGGAUAGAAAGUGUUUAAAUUCUGAAGCUGUCUCUCCCAUGGGGGCUGAUUGUAAAUGAGAUUCCACAGUAAUGAGGAACAGAGCCGGGCGGCAGGCAGAUGUGAUGCUCGUUCUAAUCAGAGGGGGGGUUAAGAGUGCAUAUUGUUAAAUACAAUUAACCCUGUUUUACUUUGGGAAGGAUGCGUACUUGAUGUGCUCUCCCCGCCGCCCCCCUCCCACUCCUUCCCCAUAUCUCGGAAACAUGGAGGUCAGUGGCCAGUGAUCAAAGAUGGAGUUGGACCUAGUAGACUGGGCUAGUAACAGCACUGCUCUCCAUCUUGUCGUCUCAUCCCUUACAUCCCCAUGCACAGCCCUGGCCAGGCAGAGGGGUGAGGUUCCACCCUCCCUCUGGUGUCACUGGAGAUGAUAGGCUGCCCUGGGGCUAGCCCUGCGUGAGGAAGCUGCCCGGCUCGCAGCUCUCAACACUUGAUGAGAGAGCCAGAGUUUUACCCAGAAUCCUCAGCCCAUUGUCAUCAGUAGACAUGUUCAGAGAUUAGUAGUUGAGUAAAUUUGGAUAAUUUGCCUGUUUUCUGUGGUCGAUAUGGCGGUAGUAUGUGACACCACAGUAUUUUGACGAUCCACACUGAAAAUACGUCUUCAGGUUUUGAAUCAUUCAUUAGAAACUAGCACUUUGCGAAUGAUUACCAUUCAAUAUUCUCUCGUUCAAAAUGACCAGUCUUUUUCUUAGACCAACUCUGUAGUGUUAUACGGAGCAUAAAAGUUUUCAUAGACAAACUUGCAUUAUAAGGAGCAUACAGGUUUUUCCAUCAUGUGAUUGGCUCCCAGUAAGUGUCUUGUUUGUCAAGGGGAAGUGUUUCUUCAGGUGAGAAUGUUCUUGUCAUUGAUAGGUGGAGACCAGUGCUGUUAGAGGUUAGCUGUGUUUGUUUGAACAACCUCCUACUUUAAUAGAACAAUCUGUCAAAGAGCAUUUCCACCAGUAAUUACCGUCUCCCCUCCCUUUCUUCCUCUGUCUUAGCUCUCACAAGACUUCAAAAGGAGGAUUCUUCUCUCUGCAUACAAUAUUUAUAGCCUUCAUGUCAACGGUUGGAUCGCGUAAAACCUUCAAAACACCUUUUCACGCUUUUAUUUAAUAUGCUUUUCCUUUUUUUGUUUAUCUAGUUAGAAUUUGAUAUGUCCUAUGCUCUUAUGUAUACAGAACUCAGUGGAGGCUGGUGGGAGGAGCUAUAGGAGGAUAGGCUCAUUGUAAUGGAAUAAAUGGAGCGGUAUCAAACAUAUAGAAACCUCGUAUUUGACUCUGUUCCUUUCAUUCCAUUCCAGCCAUUACAACGAGCCUAUCAUCCUAUAGCUCCUCCCAUUAGCCUCUGAUACAGAUGCAUUUUGCAGAACCCAAAUAUCUCUCCAUCCAUUUACACUGCAGCUGCUUCAUUACACUGGAAAGUCUUAUGGGAUCAUCUGUUUGUGUUUUUUUGUGUUCAUGUUGACUUCUUACCUCUGUCUCACCUGGACUACCCAAUCGUCUGUCCUAUUUGGCAAUCUCAUGUCAACUAACAGAGUGCUGUAAAGCCAGAGAUGCUGAUCCCUAUAGUACCCAAAUAUGACAGCACUCACACCUCCCUUAUCAAGUGCUGUAAAUCCUUUUUGUCCUUGUCACUGUGCUGUUUCACAACUUUCAUGUCUAUUGUAUUUCAUUGGGUCAUCAGGACUUUUCCAUGACCCUGAUCUGUAACCAAGAGUUCAUUGGAUGAUAUUUUCCUGAUGUGUAAAUAAACUUUUUUAAGUCUUUGUACA